UGCAGCAGAGAUAUUUUAGUGUGACAAAGAGCAAGAGCUGAUCUUCUGGAAUAAAACCCAAGAUGCCAGGAUUAAUGUUUUCUCAGUCAGUCACAGCACCACUGAAAGAAUCUGAUCACAUGAGUAUGGAGCAGAAUGAUAAAAAGAAGGCAAAGAAUUUGGGAAAAGACUUCAUGUGUCGUCUGCAGUCCAUGUUCUCAAAUACAACAUCCACUGAUGAAUCUUCAAAACACUCAAGACUUAACCAAGAAGAAAUCCUGUUUUGGUCUCAAUCACUGGAGAAACUACUUGAUUCUAAAUAUGGAAUGACUAUGUUUCGGGCAUUUCUGAAAUCUGAAUUCAGUGAUGAGAACAUUGAAUUCUGGCUGACAUGUGAGGACUACAAGAAAAUUAAGUCUUCUUCCAGGAUGACGUCUAAGGCUAAAAAGAUUUAUGAGCAAUACAUUCAAACUGAGGCUCCAAAGGAGAUUAACAUUGACCAUCAGACAAGAGAAGUUAUCAAAGCGAACGUGUUGGCACCCACCAUAAACUGUUUUGACGAAGCUCAAAAAAUUGUCUACAGCCUAAUGGAAAGAGACUCUUAUCCCAGGUUUCUGAGAUCUGACAUUUACAAGAGUCUGUCAAGCAAGCCAGAUUCAGUCAAAGGGUGAAGGAUGUUCUCAGGAAAACCAUGAAAAUGAUCAGCCCAGGCUUCUGACGGAAACUCAAGGAUUAACAUCCAGAAGAACACGUGAUGGGGCUCUCCAAAAGCUUCAGUGAAGAUGGAGAUGAGAUGCUGUGUAGCAGCACGAGGACUGGACCCUUCCAAACACAAGUAAUUGAAAGAGAAAGAAGAACGUAUGGACAACUGCAAGUGAGGAGAAAUGUAUGAAUAACUCGUGCAGUAUGAACAUCCUACAAGAACAAA